AAAGAAGCUUCCUUCCUUCACCCACACUGUCUUCUCUCUGCUACAAAUCCCAAAACCCUGUUCACACCUCAGAGGAAGAGGAGAGAAGGAAAGCAUGGCCAGUGCUUCGGCGGUGAACUUGGAAGAUGUUCCAUCCGAAACCCUUAUGUCCGAGCUCCUCCGUCGCAUGAAGUGCGCCACCAAACCCGACAAGCGCCUCAUUCUCAUCGGUCCACCGGGAUCAGGAAAAGGUACUCAAUCACCAAUCAUUAAGGAUGAGUACUGUUUGUGUCACUUGGCUACUGGUGAUAUGUUAAGAGCUGCUGUUGCUGCUAAAACCCCACUUGGAGUUAAGGCUAAGGAGGCUAUGGACAAGGGAGAACUUGUGUCUGAUGACCUUGUUAUUGGCAUUAUAGAUGAAGCAAUAAAGAAACCAUCCUGUCAAAAAGGUUUCAUUCUGGAUGGAUUCCCUAGGACUGUAGCCCAGGCAGAGAAGCUUGAUGAGAUGCUUGAAAAGCGAGGAGCUAAACUUGACAAGGUCCUUAAUUUUAAAAUUGAUGAUGCUAUUUUGGAGGAGAGAAUUACUGGUCGCUGGAUCCACCCAUCUAGUGGCAGGUCAUACCAUUCGAAAUUUGCACCUCCAAAGGUUCCUGGUGUUGAUGAUGUGACUGGAGAACCUUUGAUACAACGUAAAGAUGAUACUGCUGCUGUUCUCAAGUCAAGGCUGGAGGCAUUUCACCAGCAAACUGAACCGGUAUUCUGUGUCUCAAUAUGGUUAUGCAUGCUGGGAAAGAUCCAGAAUCUUUUUAGGAUCACUUCUAAUUUGCAUGGAAUCAAAGCUUUAACCUUUAGUUUCCAGCAAAUCAAGCUCAAUGACUGAGGCUCUCUAUGACCUUGGUGGAAAUUAAGUAUAUUGGAAAUUAUAAGCAUGCGUGGAAGUUUCUGAUUCUUACACAUGAAAGAAAAGAAAAGAGCUAUUAUUAUAAGCAUGUUUAAGAGUUCCUCAUUCAAAAUAUUCUUACAUUUAUGUCUGUGUGUAUAUCUAUAUAGAUUUGAAAGAAAAGAAAUUAAAGGCAGCAGUGAUUGAUAAUGGAAGAACUAUUAUUAUUCUUUUUAUUAUUUGGUCAUCGUGUCUAUUAAUCAUGUAUGAGGUAUCUCUUGAUGUUUCUUAUCUAAUUAUGAUACGACAAAAGGACUGCUGUACGUUAAUUUUUUAUUGUGCCUUGCUCUCGUCUCUAUUGAGUUAUAGUACCAUUUCUAAUGUGUUGUUCAUGUUUGAAAUUAGGUAAUUGAAUAUUAUACCAAGGGGGGAUUGGUUGUAAAUCUCCAUGCAGAGAAACCUCCAAAAGAAGUUACAGCUGAAGUGCAAAAGUCGCUUUCAUCAUGAACGUUGACCAGGCUGCAAAUGUGCUCAUUCAUUAGUGUUGGUUCAUUUAACUAAGAAAUUACUUAUUUUUGCAAAAGUUUUUUCGACUUUUUUUCAUCAGAUAUCCAGAUGGACUGGUAUCUUUCAUUCCUUUUUAACUAAAGGAUCAGCUAUACUCUUUGUUGCAUUGCUCAGGUUUUAACUUUGACAAUAAUGCAAUAGAUUGAAUGAUAGAACUUUUUUGGUUAUUAAUUCUUAGUUGCAAUACUGCCUCAUUUUUUU